AUGCCGGCUAAUCGUGAAGUCAUCUCGAUCCACGUCGGCCAGGCUGGAACCCAGAUCGGAAAUGCAUGCUGGGAGCUGUACUGCCUCGAGCAUGGCAUCCAGCCCGACGGAAAGAUGCCGUCUGACAAGCAAGGGCAAACCGACGACUCGUUCUCGACCUUCUUCUCGGAGACCGGAAAUGGGCGUCACGUUCCGAGGGCGAUUAUGGUUGAUUUGGAGCCGACGGUUAUUGAUGAAGUUCGUACCGGCACCUACAAGCAGCUCUUCCACCCCGAGCAGCUGAUCACUGGCAAGGAAGAUGCGGCUAACAACUAUGCCCGUGGUCACUACACCAUCGGCAAGGAAAUCAUUGACCUGGUCCUUGACCGUGUCCGCCGCCUGGCUGACAACUGCUCGGGCCUCCAGGGCUUCCUCAUCUUCCACUCUUUCGGAGGAGGUACCGGCUCCGGCUUCACGUCACUCCUGAUGGAGCGCCUUUCCGUUGACUACGGAAAGAAGAGCAAGCUCGAGUUCUCCAUCUACCCGGCUCCUCAGGUCUCCACCGCCGUCGUCGAGCCGUACAACUCCAUCCUGACGACCCACACGACCCUGGAGCACUCUGACUGUGCCUUCAUGGUCGACAACGAGGCCAUCUACGACAUUUGCCGUCGCAACCUGGACGUUGACCGCCCAAGCUACACCAACUUGAACAGGAUCAUCUCUCAGGUCGUCUCCUCGAUCACCGCCUCCCUGCGCUUCGACGGAGCCCUGAACGUCGACUUGACCGAGUUCCAGACCAACUUGGUCCCGUACCCGCGUAUCCACUUCCCGUUGGCCACCUACUCGCCGGUCAUCUCGGCCGAAAAGGCUUACCACGAGGCCCUCUCUGUCGCAGACAUCACCAACAUGUGCUUCGAGCCGUCCAAUCAGAUGGUCAAGUGCGAUCCGCGACAUGGAAAGUAUAUGGCUGUCUGCUUGCUUUACCGUGGUGAUGUCGUACCAAAAGACGUGAACGCGGCCAUCGCCUCGAUCAAGACCAAGCGCUCGAUCCAAUUUGUCGACUGGUGCCCAACCGGCUUCAAGGUUGGCAUCAACUACCAGCCACCGACGGUCGUUCCGGGAGGGGAUCUGGCCAAGGUGCCGCGGGCUGUUUGCAUGCUAUCCAACACGACCGCUAUUGCCGAGGCGUGGGCUCGGCUUGACCAUAAAUUCGACCUGAUGUAUGCCAAGAGGGCUUUUGUCCAUUGGUACGUCGGUGAGGGUAUGGAAGAAGGCGAGUUCUCCGAGGCUCGUGAGGACUUGGCGGCGCUUGAGAAGGACUACGAAGAGGUCGCCGUCGACUCGUUGGAAGGCGAGACUGAAGGAGCUGAGGAGUAU